CAAGGAAAGAGCAUGUUGAAGUCCAAAUUAAAUGAUCAAAAACAGAAGGCAAGAGUUUGGGUGUGGAAAAAGAUCAUGCAAAAAUGUCAGCAGCAGCGGGAUAAUGAUAUCAAAGGGAGACACCUGUACGUGACAUGCAAACUAUGAUAGGUAUGGAAAGUAAAAAGAGAAAUAAAAAGAAGGUGCAAGUCAAAAUAAAUAGCCUACGGAUUGGACAUUGCAAGCUAAACGAAACUUUUCAUGGAAAACACCCGAGAGGACUAUGGGACGCAAGUCAGGAGUCAUCUUUAUAUCAUGUAAAAAAUAUAUACAAGAAAGGCAAGCGUUCAAGAAUCAGCUACGGGAAACAGGUAUAGUUGAAAAUAAUGAAUAAAUAUCGAAAUAAUGAUCAAGGACGGAUAUAUUGUUAAAUUGUCUAAUGAGGACUGGACUGGAAGGACGCAUUUGAAACAGCAGAUGGCAGUAAUGCAACACUAUGAAUGCCAACUUCCAUUAAACUCCAACGAAGAAGAAAAAUAAGAAAUAACUGCGCAUGCGCAGUUAACAAAGUCCGCGUUUUGAUGCUCCCAUGGUGUUGCUUCUGGAAAUGAUUGUAGUUCGCGUGGAACAAUAACAGUUUUUUUUAAAGUUUUAACACGAUUACAACACCAUGCCGAUCUCUUGCUCAGCUAUUGAUUGCUCAAACCGGUUUGCCAAAGGGUCAGAGAUCAGAUUUUACAGGUUUCCAAUCAGCAAGCCUCAGCUAGCCGAGCAAUGGGUACGAAACCUUGGGAGAAAGAAUUUCGUUCCCACUCAGAACUCCUGUUUGUGCUCGGAGCAUUUCCAGACCGACUGCUUCCGUGACUAUAAUGGAAAGCUGUUUCUCAGAGAGGAUGCUGUGCCAACUAUUUUCGCAAGCUCUGGAGGAGAUGGCACAAAGAUUGAAUUACGGAAAAACAGAGGAGGCUUAGUGGCAAAGGAUGCAAAUGAUGCCAGUCGGUUUGGUUCACUUUCUGAUAAAGACCGAGCCAAACUAUUCUCAAAAGACCGAAGACAGCCUAUAAGAGACUCUAGCAUUAAGAGCAGAGGUGUGAAUGACCGGAGACGUGCAGGGAAGGUCUCUCUAGGUGACAGACAGACCAUGUCUCUCAAGAGUAAAGUGUAUGACAGCAAAGGUCUGUUGAUCUCCUGUGGAAGGGAUCUGUGCGACUGUCUGGAUGUGGACUGCAUGGGUUGCUUUUACCCCUGUCCCGAGUGUGGAUCGCGGAAGUGUGGAGUGGAGUGCCGAUGUGACCGGAAAUGGUUGUAUGAGCAAGUGGAGGUAGAGGGAGGAGAGAUCAUUCGCAACAAGUUUGCAAAUUAGCUAUGACACUACUUCUACUUCUGAGCAAAAAGACCGUCACAGGCUUGGUACAUGGACAUUGCAGAAGUACCUGCUUCAUUUGCUAUAUUGUUUAUUUUUUAAUGUAAAAGUUUAAUGUUGUCUUGUGUUUUUGCUGCUGUCACAGCUGUGUUCAUUUUUGUAUUCUUUCCAGGAUUUCCACUACUUUGUUGUAAUGCUGUACCUCUUUCCCCCCCUCUAAAUUUUUCACACUUCCAAAAAUAAAAUCUUACUAUAAGGAGAA